UUAGAGAGCUUUCUCCUUCAACAGACCCUUCCCCAGGGUUCUCCUCCCUGUGACCCAGCAGCCUGACGCCUCAUCUCUGCCGCGCUUGCUUACGAAUAAAGAACUCUAGUCGUGUGUGCACACACACCCAAACACACGCGCGCACACACACACACACACACGCUUUUCUGUUCCCCUCUGCUUUCUAAAGCCUGGGGGAAGUCCGUGACAGAGGUGUUUCAGUUUGCAUUGUUGCGUGGGUUUUUCAUUUUUUUUUUUAAGACAUUGAAAAGCAAUUAAUGAUCAGAUCUAGGAAAAAAAAAACAAACAAACAAACCCUGAAUAGAAACAAAACUUUUCAAUGCUGGAUUCAAAAAAAAAAAAAAGUUAUCUGGACAGCUUCUUUGAGACUAUUUAAAAACUGGUUCAACAGGUCUCUGCAACGUCAAGAUCUAACUAAGCUUUAAAAGGUCAAGAAGUUUUAUGGCUGACAAAGGAUUUGCUGCAGCGCAGGCCACCUUUCCCACCUUAAGCCUCUGGGGAUCCGGGGGUUUCGCCCCCGUUCUCUUCCGUUGGUCUCGGUCGCCUCUCUCAGCGAGCAAGGGCUGGAAUAGUUUUCCUUUGUUGCUUUGAGGGAGAGUGGCGGGAGGGGGCGGAGGUGGGCGGGGGGGCAGACGGCUCCUACCCGCCCAGCGCAGUGGGCUCAGUGGGCUCUGGGCUCAGUGGUGGCUCCUUCCCCAUCUCCUUUGGGUUUUGCUUUUGUUGGUUUUUGUUUGGACAUGGAAUAAGGUGUCCUUAUUUUAACAAAACUAGUUUUUCAACACGGAAGAGGGAGAGUGACCAUCGACAGCUUUUCCCCCUUUUUGUGCUGAGAGCCCAAAAGCAACCCUUCCACCAGCAAACCCUGGUAAUCAUAACUACCUGGCUGGUGUGCAGACAUUUCUUUUUUUUUUUUUUUUUUAAAUGGGCCCCUGGUUGCAUUUAUCAAGACAGUCCCCAACGGUCACACUCUGAUGCUGUCCCCUGAGUGCGUGGCCUCGGGGUUUGCCUCUUGCUGAAACUGCCUUGUGUAAUGGUUUAGUCCCUUGGUCACUGAACCCUUGGAGGCGGUUGGACGGAACACAGUUCUGCCCAGUGCUGUUACUGCUUCGCGACGAUGUAUGCUGUGGUUGCAUUUUGACCUUUCUGGUGGUAAUCGGAUAGCUGGGAGUAUGGCCACCCUGCUCCACGAUGCGGUAAUGAAUCCAGCAGAAGUUGUGAAGCAGCGCAUGCAGAUGUACGACUCGCCGCACCGGUCAGCCCUCCGCUGCGUCUGGACGGUUUGGAGGACCGAGGGCUUGGGGGCCUUCUACCGGAGCUACACCACACAGCUGACCAUGAACAUUCCCUUCCAGUCCAUCCACUUCAUCACCUACGAGUUCCUGCAGGAGCAGGUCAACCCUCACCGGGGCUACAACCCACAGUCCCACAUCAUCUCGGGCGGGCUGGCCGGGGCCCUCGCUGCAGCCGCCACCACCCCACUGGACGUCUGUAAGACCCUCCUCAACACUCAGGAGAACAUGGCCCUCAACCUGGCCAACAUCAGCGGCCGGCUGUCGGGCAUGGCCAAUGCCUUCAGGAUGGUGUACCAGCUCAAUGGCCUACCCGGCUAUUUCAAAGGCAUGCAGGCCCGUGUCAUCUACCAGAUGCCCUCCACGGCCAUUUCCUGGUCUGUCUAUGAGUUCUUCAAGUACUUUCUCACCAAACACAAGCUGGAGAAUCGAGCUCCGUACUAAAGGAACAGGCUGUGGGCAGUGAUUCCAGAAUCUUUUAUUUUAAAAAGGCUUUUCCUGCCUGCUUCCAUUCCCUUGUCCUCACACUGAGGUUAUGUUGGCGGGGUGUCGGCAGGGUGGGCCCUCUGCUCCCUGACGCCUCAGAGAGUGGGGACGAUGGGACAGCCGCUGACCGGAAGGCCGUCCACAGGGACGUCCGAGGUGGUAGGUGGGGGAAGACUUUGGACGGGGAGCGAGGGAUGGCUUUUGCCAUCCCUCCCCUGACAGGAAUGUAGCUUUUCUGCUUCCCUGUAGCCGUCUCCUGCCCUACGAUCGCAGCUCGCAAGGGAGGGGAGAAAAUGUGCAGUGACUGAAAGCAUUAAAGAAAAAAAGAAAAUUCUGUAUAUAAAAGCUCUAGUACACAGUACAAAAUAGAUGGAUAAUGUUUAUCCUUUAUUUUUCUAUGUAGAAGUUUCUGUGUGUGUGUGUGUGUGUGCAGAUAAGUGGUACAGCUGGGAAUGUCAAGUUUUUGUUUUUUUUUUUAAACAGGUAGAGGGCUGAAUUCUUCCAUUGGGUUAAGUGAAAAGGCACCAAAGUGAUAAAUUACUGAAUGUGGCCUAAGAUUGUGUGGAGCCCCCAGAUGGAAGUUUCACUUGAAUGUAAAAUAAUAAAGUUUAUAUUUUGAAUUUACGUUGCAAACAAAAUCAAAAUAGUGAUACAUUACUCCUAGCUACCUUUUUUCUCCUUUUAUUCAGUCAGUCACCUGCGUGUGCCUUUUCCUUUUGUCUUUACUGAAAAUUCCAGGACCAAAGAUCGGUCCUGGGGCAUUUUCUCUUGCUGUAGGCACAUACGCAUGCACACCUAAUGGUGGCAGGAUCGCUCACAUUGGAGGACAGCGGCCGCCAGCAGGAUUGGGAUGACUAGUCUUAUUCCUGCUAACACCAUUCCCUUCCUCCUUGUGAGGGAUGCGGAUGUCUGCCUCCCUGGGCCAGCACGCAGCAGCUCUUGAAAUGCCAAGGUUUUGUUACUUGUUGAGCAGGCAAUUGGGAUAAAUUCUCCCUAGAACUUAUUUCUGCUUCAGCCUUUAACUCUGGCACUUCAGAUAUUCUUGUGUGUUGACUAAAUCUGUUUCCCUGGGCGGUUUCAGGGAUUUUUAAAAAGCAUAGCAAGUAUGUCUAUGGCAUGUGUCCAUCCCUCUGUCCACCAUUAGUUCACCUGGCACGGAGCCUCUCACCUUGCAGUGACAGAGGCCAGACCCUCAGGCCAAGCCCAGCCGCUGAAGUGAGACCCGGACCCUUGUGCACAAGUCAGGAUGUCUCUCCAGAGCUAUCGUCAGCCUCACUUAUCUGCAUCAGCUGAGAACUCGAGGCCUAACUGUCUUGUUUUCUGAAAUGGUGCAUCUGAGCCCGAUUAUCACUAAGAAAAUGCAAGCUUGUUUCCCCUGGCCACGCCCUUUGAUUGGCUGCCAGGCAUCUCCAAGGGAAGCCCAAAUGGCCUCACGGUUUCCUUCUGGAGCCCUUUAAAAAUGAGCAGGAAGCACAUGUAUGUUCAAUCUGGUGGGCCUGGCCCUGACCUUUGGCCUUUGCCCUUUACCCCUGACCUGCCCCACGGUCAAUGUAGUGCACCCCUCUGAGGCUCAGAUCCAGGCUCCUUUGGAGGCUGUUCCUCCUGCCAAGAACUCCAGGUGGCACUGGGACAGGUUUCAUCUUGGGACCCUGCACGUUGCCUUUGGGAGUCGUUUUGAGGUCAGACAGAAGGGUGCCCUAUCAGGAAGCUCCCAUGUGUGCCCCAUGAGCAGAACCUUGCUCCUGGGCUGGGAGGGCUCAGCUGCUGGCCUGUCCCACUUUAGAAUGAACCUCUCCCCACCCUCUGCCAGUGGGAAACCAGUUGCAGCAAGCCUCUGUCCUACCUGGGGGUACAAAAAGCCAUGGAGAGAGACCCUGGUGCUCUGGGAAGUAUUUACAUCCUCUACUAAAACAUGCUGUGUAUUACUGGUACAUUCUGCAAAAGGAAGAAAACUAGAGAGAAUUCUAAAAUAAUUAUCCAACCACUCUUUCUCCUCCUCUUAAGAUGUGCCACACUGCUGCAAAAAAACCACAGGAUUUUGUUUCUGAUGGUAUUCAGAAAAGAAACUGUUCACUUCUCUAGGAAAGCUCCUUUGGGUAAGGGAUGCAAGAAGGAGAGGCGGGAAGGGGGUUUGAGAGCUCUGUGGACUGAGCUGGAAGGUCUGCCCAUACUUUCCUCUCACCGUACAGAUGGAUUGGCCAGGAAAUGGGGCAACGCCACCUGUCCUGCCUUCCCCCCUGGACCUUCAUGAGGCUGGAUGAGCCAUGUAUCUGAGCGGGUUUUGAAAGUUGUGAAGCACUAAACAAAUGUAAGUGGACUUAAUCUUGCGGGAAUGGAUAUUCCCCCUUGCUCUGGGCUCCAAAGUUUGUGUUGUUGCUUUGUGCAGACUACAGUCCAGUUGUCAACUGUGACUUUGACAUUGAGAAGUAAGUAAUUAGGGAAAUGUUCUCGCCCCACCCCGGUGAUGGCCAGCUUAACAUAAUCAUGGCACGUGCUUGGUCUUUCAUGUGUUUGGGGUGACCUCUGCAGUCAGGCACGCCCCUUGAGUACGGUGCUCGGUAACAGGCGUGAACUCUUACGCCCAGACCAUGAUGUGAGAUUCAGUCCCUUGUAGAUCAGAGUUUUAUUUUAGAAUAGAAAAUUGAUUUUCCUCAGGUGUGAUACAGCUUCAAUCCACGACUGUUUUUUCCUAACUUUGUAUUGAAUCUAGCUGUUUACCGGCCUACAUCCUUCUGUGUGUUCUCUAUUUCUGUUUCUUUUCUUUAAUGAUGAUGUCUUAUUUCAAGCGCGGUCCUCCAGAGUCCCCCUAAAGCUGCAUCUCCAACACACUGUUAUGCCAAUAAGGUUUUAUUUAACUUUAUUUAAGGAUGAUUGUGUCUGUUAAAUGCCAAUGUACUGUUGCUUCCUGCCUGUAAGACGCACAAUGUACAAGGGUGAGCAAGUGUUUCUUAAUGGCCUGGGGCAAAUAGCACAGUUGCUGCCUCCAGUUGUUGCCAGCUCUUUGGAACAGGGACAAAUGUGUGUUUAUGUGUGGGGAUAUCUCAGAUUUGCUGCUACAGUUGUGACACUGGAGCUAGAGAAAAUAAAGCCUUGAUCUUUGAA